UGGUGGGGGACCCCCAGUGAGGAGAUGCUGGCUGAGCUGGGGGCUUGCUUAUUGCUGGCCAUGGUACUGCUGGACUCAGGUCCUGGGACCCAAGCCACAGAAGGUGUCAAGUGUGGGGGUGUGCUCUCCGCACCAUCUGGGAAUUUCUCCAGCCCAAACUUCCCAAGUCUGUAUCCCUACAACACCGAGUGCAGCUGGCUGAUCGUGGUGGCCGAGGGGUCCUCCGUGCUACUCACCUUCCACGCCUUUGACCUGGAGUACCAUGACACCUGUGGCUUCGACUUCCUAGAGAUCUACAACGGGGCCUCUGGAGACAAAGGCAAUCUUCUGGGCAGGUUCUGCGGCCAGGUGCCCCCACCACCCUUCACCUCCUCCUGGCACGUCAUGUCUGUCGUCUUCCACUCGGACAAGCACGUGGCCAGCCGCGGCUUUUCUGCAGGCUACCAGAAAGACGUGUGCGGCGGUGUCCUGACUGGCCUGUCAGGGGUCCUCAGCAGCCCCGAGUACCCCAACAACUAUCCCAACAACGUGGAGUGCCACUGGCUGAUCCGUGCCUCUGGGCCUGCUGCCGUCAAGCUGGUGUUCGUGGACUUCCAGGUGGAGGGCAGCCAUGAAUGCAUGUACGACUAUGUGGCUGUGCUUGGAGCCCCCGGCCCUGCCCACGGGCACCACUACUGUGGCCGCACCAGACCCCCCACCCUUGUGUCCCUGGGCCAUGAGUUGCAGGUGAUCUUCAAGUCUGACUUCAACAUUGGAGGCCGGGGCUUCAAGGCCCACUACUUCUCAGGAGAAUGCCAGGAGGUAUUCACGGCUGUGCGUGGAAACUUCUCCAGCCCACAGUACCCUGCCUCCUACCCCAACAACAUCCGGUGCCACUGGACCAUCCGCCUGCCCCCCGGCUACCGGGUCAAGGUCUUUAUCCUGGACCUGGGCUUGGAGGAGCCCAGCAGCCUGACCAGAACCUGUGACUUUGACCACCUGGCGGCCUUUGAUGGGGCCAGUGAGGAGGCACAGCUCCUGGGGAAGUGGUGUGGUCAUCGCCUGCCACCGCCCGUCACCUCACGUCACAACCAGCUCCUGCUGCUGCUGCACACUGACCGCAGCACCUCCGGCAGGGGCUUCUCUGUGGCCUACAUUGGAGUGGUACCCAUGAAUGUGAGCUGUUCCCGCACGGACUUCCAGAUCCUGAUCUCUGCCCAGGCACUGGCCCCACUGGAGCGGACAAGGGUCUACCUGGGCAGCCGGAGCUGUGCAGCCCAGGAAGUUGGUAGCAACUUCCGGAUCCAAGCCCGCUUUGACACCUGCGGUACAGAGUCUCAGAGAAGAAAUAACACCUCCGUGAUCGUCAGUGUGCUGUACAUCGACUUCUCCGCUGCAGGGCACGAGGACAUCCACGAGUACGAGGUGCUCUGUGAGCCGAGGCGCAAGGAGGCAUCUGCCCACCUGCUGUCAGGCUCUCACUGGCUCGGGCCCUACGCUGCCACGGCUGAGCACCUUCAGGAGGCACCAUCCGGGGAUGAGGCAGAGGUCCUGGAGGGCCCAGGGACGGUGGUGUCCCAGGACACCAGUGACAUCGUCUUCCUGGGCCUCUGCAUCCUAGCUGGAGUCCUUAUGAUCAUUGCCAUUGUGGUCCUGAUGCUGCUGUAAGCAGGAAGAGAGCAGCUGAGGGACCCACAGCAGGGCAGGGUGGGGCUUGUGGACACGCUGGUGGCCACGGGCGCAUCACGUUCCUCUCCAAGCCCGUUCUCUCGGGAUCAGUGUUCUGCUCUGCUCGCCACGGGGCUCUGAGAAGAGUUUGUGUGGAUAAGGGCUCUGGAGACGGUCAUAACUGCUGUUAUGUUAAUCAUUUUAAGGCUGUUCUGCCACAGGAAAGCAUGCUCCUGUAUGUGUACCUUGUGAGCUUGGAUAGCUGGGGGGUCACCAGUGGCAGUGUGAAUACAACAGACUCAUUCUGUUCUUCAGCAACUCAGGGUACGUAUAAAAGCACCUCUUAGUUUCUCAGACCUUCAUUAGUAGGAAGUCUAGUAUGGGUUCGGGCCUUCCUCCCUCCUGAAUGGACUGGUGUGAAGACUGCCUAAAGAACUCCAGCUCAGCCUCCGUGAAGGGGGAAGAGAGCCAAAGCUCCGGCUCGGGCCAGUGUUUCAGCCCCUGCCACACCAUGUCACUACUGAAGACUGGUGGUCCUGUGCAUCCUAGUGGAUGCUCGCCCAUAGAGGUGGCAAUGGCCUCCUGGGCCCGAUUCCUAUAGACACCAGGCAGGCUGAACAGCAUGCUCAGAGCGGGGGCUGCAGCUGAGGAGGUGUUGCUUCUACGUUGGGACUUUUGUUUGAAUGUCUUGUCAUCUUUGGCCAAGACACUGACUGAAGUUCCAUGUGUCUCCGCCCUUGCGCUGAUGUUCUUACCGGCAGCUCUUCCUCGCUCAGCAGGCGAGCUCUCUCGGGAGUCCUCUGUACCUUCUCCUAAUCUAGUCCCUUAGAGUUGCUCCAGUCUUUCAGCUGCUCCAGUCUCUCAGAGCUGCUCCAGGCCACCCACAUGAUGUUUCUGUGCUUCCAUCAGAUCAAAGGGGACUUCCUGCCCUUCCCUGUGAGGGCCUCUAGGAUUAGUAUGCAAAUCAACACACCCUUCUCCGGAGCUCUACUUGAUAGCAAGAAGUGGAACAACCUUGUUAAUGAAAAAUAAACAAACGAUACAUUUAUAUUCUACUGUUUGUCCCUGCUCACCUUUAUAUUGCAUAAUGAUCACUCAAGGAGUCCUUGCACAGUAAUAACUGGGGUCUCCAAACUCCAGCUGCUGACCACUGGGACCGGGUUAAGAAGAUGGAAGCCCCAUUACAGCACAGUUCAUUUGGCGCCCCAUCGCGCAUGUCCUCGGUCCCAGACUCUGUGUCUGUGAGGCAGCGUACAGCAGCACACAGGCAGGUGUGAGUCUUGCCCUUGAGCUGUGUCUAGGUGGCCAAGCAGAACUGGGGACGAAGAGGCAGACCAGCUGGGACCUUGAAGAAACGGCAGAGAGUCAAGAACCCUUGAAGUGAAGCGAAUUAAGCGGAGGAGAAAGAGUAGCCUGGACACUCAGAGUCAAACCGGCUUCCAGUCCAAGUUCGUCAACUGUGGAGGUCUGGGCAAACAGCUCUACACCUCUUGUCUUGUGGAGGGUGUGGUGAUUCGAUGAAUUAGGGGAGUCAGUUGGCGUAAGUGUUCCUGUGGAGCAGUCCUCGGUCAACCCUGGGGUAUCUGAACUCAGCCUUUCGCUCCCCCGACCUCCCUCAGUUCUGAGUUGAGUGCCUUUGCCCUGAUGUGUUGUGACAGCCCCUAGGUCUCGGUUUCUGUCCUGUCGCUGUGGUAAAACACCAUGACCAAAAGCCACUCAGGCAGGAAAGGGGUUAUUUUAGCUUAUAGUUUAUAGGCCACCAGGAAGGAAAGUCAGGGCAGGAACGUGGAGGCAGGAACUGAAGCAGAGGCCGUGGAGGAUGGAUGCUUUCUGGCUUGCUCUCUUUCUGGUGUACUCAGCCUGCUUUCUCUUUCAUUUGUUUUUGGUGUUUGUUUGUUUUUUUGUUUGUUUCUCUGUGUAGCCCUGGCUGUCCUGGAACUCUCUCUGUAGACCAGGCUGGCCUCGAAUUUAAGAGAUCUGCCUGCCUCUGCUUCCUGAGUACUGGGAUUAAAAGAUGUGUAACAUCACCUGGCUUUCAGCCUACUUUCUUAGGCAACCUAGGACCACCUGCCCGGGGUAUCAGUGCCCACAGUGGGCUGGUCCCUCACACAUCAAUCAUUAAUUAAGAGACUGUCACACAGACUUGUCUGUAGGACAGUCCAUUGAGGGCAUUUUCUCAAUUGAGGUUACCUCUUCCCAAAAGACGCUAGUUUGUGUCAAGUUGACACAACAAUAAAAACAAAACAACAACAACAACAAACCAACCACCACCAACAACAGCAAAAGAAAAAAGACGGAACCAGCCGUUUCCCUGCCCAGGAAGUCUGGACACAAGCUUGGAUACUCUUGAAGGGAGCCCUGGGGUGCUGUCCUCUGUGAUGGUGAGUGGUGUACCGCUUGCUGACGUGUAUAAUUCCCUCACUGUACCAUUGAGGGACCUGAGGGUAUGGGAGGAAAAAUGUUCAAGGAGAUGGCUGUGAUACACUGGGGUUGGCUAAAGGAAGAGAUACUUCCCUAAGCUGGGGGAACGAGCCACGAGCUGGGCCUCCCAGACCCCAGAGCACGCCUCAGCUGUGAGGGCAGUGUCUAGUGGGAAAAGCCUGGAUGGCAGAGCAGGAGAGAGCAUGUCUGUCUUCACAGACAUGCCUUCGGCGUGGCAUUCCCGGCUCUCCAGGCAGCCAGCACGUUGAUUGUCUGUGUGAGCCAUGGGAAAAGACAGUCUUUAGGACAGGGCAGUGUCUCCUAGAACUUAAAGGGCUGAAAUGAUCCAUUAGCCACCAAGCUCAGCCCUGGAAGAGUCGGGCAGGAUGGGCACCGCACAGCUCUGCAGGUUCACUGUCCAGCAAGUGGGACCUCCCAUCCCACAUGACCACUGUGAGUCUAGCCUAGGCAGGAACUUUGAGUGGAUGUCACAGAUGAGAGGGUACUUGGGCAAGUAGACAGGCUGGUCUUGGGAAAACACCCUUUAGACUGCAGGUCAGAUAGUGCAUCCCUUUCAAGUUUUACUCUGACUCAGUGUGACUCGGGGUGGAUGUCUAAGCUCCCUGAGCCCCAUUUGUGUGGAAUGAGGAUAGAAGCAUCCCCCUCACACCGUUAUUAUGAGGAUCAGGUGAUUGAUGGGCCCUGACUCCGAGCAAGAGCUUCUCAAGGAGUCCUCAAAUCUCAGGGUUGGA